AUGGCUUCUAGUCAGUUUAUUGCCUUUGCCCUUGUCACAAUUAUUCUUCCCACGCUCACCAUGGCAGCUGAACACAUUGUUGGUGAUGACAAAGGGUGGACUGUUAAUUUUAACUACACAACUUGGGCUAGUGGCAAAGUAUUUCAUGUUGGUGACACACUAGUGUUCAAGUACCAGCCACCACACAAUCUCUACAAGGUGGAUGGCAACGGCUUUAAGAACUGUGUAGCUUCCGGAGAAGCUCUGACCAGUGGAAAUGACAUAAUAACACUAGGCAGCACAGGAAAGAAAUGGUACAUUUGUGGGUUUGGCAAACAUUGUUCCGAGCUUGGCCAGAAGCUAGUCAUUAACGUGGAAGCUGAAGCUCCAGCACCUGCUCCAAUACCUAAUGCUGCUUAUGGACUUGCUGCGUCAGGCUAUCAGAUUAUUGUGGCAGCAGUGGCUGUGGUCGCAGGAAUGAUCGUGGCAUGA